UACACUACGCUUAUCGCACCACUAUCAAAUCAAUUAUACUUUAAGAAAAUCUAGCUACCCAUCCAAUGGCACCGACUCCAAGUUUCUCCGAUUCAAGCUCGUUGUUCAAUUUCGUGGUCGUAGAGGGCAAUGGUGUGAAGGGCCUGGUGGACACAGGCCUGUCAGAGGUUCCACAACAAUAUGUGCAACCCCCACAAGAAAGAAUUGACAAGUUGAAUGCUAUCUUAAAUCAGAACCCACCAAUUGACUUGUCCAAACUUGAUGGUCCUGAUCAUGACAAGGUGGUGGAGGAGAUUGCUGGAGCUGCUCAGAAUCUAGGUUUCUUUCAGGUGGUGAAUCAUGGCGUGCCUGUUGAGCUGCUUGAAUCUCUCAAGAGCGCAGCUCACAAGUUCUUUAGCCAACCUCCUGAAAAGAAGGCUAUCUAUUGCAAGGGUGUGAGCCCCAGCUCACUGGCCACAUAUGGGACGAGUUUUGCACCAGAGAAAGAGAAGGCAUUAGAGUGGAAAGAUUACAUUAGCAUGAUCUACACUGACGAUGCUGAAGCACUUGAAUUUUGGCCUAAACAAUGCAAGGAAGUAGCUCUCGAGUAUGUAAAAACAUCAACAAAUAUGGUGAGAAAACUAAUUGAAGUUUUAAUGGGAAAGCUUGGAGUGACACUAGACGAUGAAAAAAUGGAUGCGUUAACUGGCUACAAAAUGAUUAACAUGAACUUCUAUCCAACAUGCCCAAAUCCUGAGCUCACCGUCGGAGUUGGUCGCCACUCAGAUUUGACUGCAGUUACUGUAUUGUUGCAGGAUGGUAUUGGUGGUCUAUAUGUGAAAGUGCAAGGAAACGCAGAAGCCGAGAAAAAGAGUGAGUGGAUGGAGAUCCCACCAAUCCCCGGUGCUCUGGUCAUCAACAUCGGCGACACGAUGCAGAUUUUGAGCAACGGAAAGUACAAAAGUGCUGAGCACAGAGUUGGUACUACGAGUACCCAGUCAAGAGUGUCAAUUCCAAUUUUCGUGAUUCCAAAACCAACGGAGAAAAUUAAACCAUUUCCUCAAGUUGUGGAGAGGGAUGGAGUAGCUCUUUACAAAGAGGUUGUGUUUGAAGAUUACAUGAAGAACUUUUUUGGCAAUGCCCAUGAAGGAAAGAAGUCUCUGGAUUUUGCAAGGAUCAUUUAGUUAGCUAGUAGCUAAAGCCUCAAUCCUUUCUUAAAUAUGUUUUAUUUCAUAUAUCGUCUCUUUGUUUAUGCUUAUACCCUAUAAUAAAGACAGAAGAUUA